AUGGUCAAGAGCGCGAUUGCGUCUGCCAAUCCUAAAACGCUACAUGAGUUGGAAACUUUGGUGGAUAACUUCCUACUUCAAUACCGAAAUGCAACACACACAAUCACCAAGGACAGCCCGGCAAUGCUUUUUAAAUCCAGACGCUUGCGAUCCUCCGUACAGUGCCUUGACUUCAAUGACGUCGUAUACUUCUGUGGUAAUGAUUUGCCACCCGCGUCUGGUAUAGUCACACGACAAGUGGGCCAAGCCACGGUGGAAAUUACUGACUUGAAUGAUGUUACUGUGCACAAGCGACACGUGGACCAAAUCCACUUCAAACCAUCCACAGAUCAGCGGCAUCAAAAUACAAGCGAGGGAGACAAUCAGGUAAAUACCUCGUCAAAACAACCGACGGAGCCGCAUCAGUCAGAUGCGCAGACACAGCCAUUCAAAACGCAAGGACACCACCAGGAACCUGCGGAGCAAACGAUUGCAGUCUGCAGGUCUGGUGAUAGGAUAAACUCGGGUUAG